UUUUAGGUUGAGUUGAAUUUAACAUUUUCAAAAUUUUAAUGUAUGAGUCGGGUAAUUAAAAUGAUUAAACCAGAACCAGCCAACCCAUGUACACCCUUACCAAUAGUAACACACGAUCAUGAUGAAGAGGCUCGUUGAGUUCCCCCGCCAAAAGUAUAUCUUUCCCGCCAAACUCACACUCAUUACCCGCUCAAAACCGUCCCAGGCAACUAGGGCACGAAGCAACAGAGCCACAUUUUGCACUUUCUAAUACUGGGUUCUCUCCUUCUUACCUUCUAUUCGAUUGAGGCGUGAAACACUGCAAUUUCUGCUGCGUAGAAGCCGAGAUUCAAUCGAAGAGCUUAAGAAAUGGCGAGCUUUGAAGACCGGAGCAGCCACAAGCGAGCUUUCCUCGAGUUCUUGGACCAGAAUGUAUACAAGAACGAGAUCAAGGCUAUGAUUGACCAGCGGCGCCGCCGUCUCAUUGUCAAUAUCUCCGAUCUGCACUCCUUCCAAGACUUCGGUCCCAGGAUCUUGAAGAAUCCGAGCGAGUUUAUGCAACCAUUCUGCGAUGCGGCCACAGACAUUGCUCGAAGUAUUGACCCGCUGUUUUUGAAUGAAGGAGAGCAAGUGCAUGUGGGUUUCGAGGGGCCUUUUGUCUCCCGCCGUGUCUCUCCUAGAGAGCUUCUCUCUGAGUACAUUGGCACCAUGGUCUGCGUUGAGGGCAUUGUCACCAAAUGUUCUCUGGUUAGGCCAAAGGUUGUGAAAAGUGUGCAUUACUGUCCUACAACUGGAGAUUUCACUUCUCGCGAGUACAGAGAUAUCACUUCUAAUGUGGGCUUGCCAACGGGGUCCGUGUAUCCAACAAGGGACGAGCACGGUAACCUAUUGGUGACUGAGUAUGGCUUGUGCAUGUAUAAAGAUCACCAAACCUUGUCAAUGCAAGAGAUGCCUGAGAAUUCUGCUCCUGGUCAGCUCCCACGAACGCUGGAUAUCAUUGUUGAGGACGACCUUGUUGAUUCAUGUAAGCCUGGAGACCGGGUGGCUAUGGUUGGGAUAUACAAAGCACUUGCUGGAAAGACCAAGGGAAGUGUGAAUGGUGUAUUUAGGACCGUGCUGAUAGCUAAUAAUGUUUCCCUCCUGAACAAAUUGGCAAGUUCUCCAAUUUACACCGCUGAUGAUAUCAAGAACAUCAAAAAGAUUGCUGAAAGAGCUGACGUUUUUGACCUACUGGGUAAUUCACUUGCACCUUCGAUAUAUGGGCACUCAUGGAUAAAGAAAGCUGUUGUGUUGCUGAUGCUUGGUGGAGUGGAGAAGAACUUGGAAAAUGGCACCCAUUUAAGAGGUGACAUCAACAUGAUGAUGGUUGGUGAUCCUUCUGUUGCCAAAUCACAACUACUUCGAGCAAUCAUGAAUAUUGCUCCUUUAGCUAUAUCAACCACUGGUCGUGGGUCUUCUGGUGUGGGCUUGACAGCUGCUGUAACUUCUGAUCAAGAAACAGGAGAAAGAAGGCUAGAAGCUGGAGCCAUGGUUCUUGCUGACAGAGGUGUCGUUUGCAUUGAUGAGUUUGACAAGAUGAACGAUCAGGAUCGUGUUUCCAUACAUGAAGUCAUGGAGCAGCAGACCGUUACUAUUGCAAAAGCAGGGAUCCAUGCAUCACUAAAUGCUAGAUGCAGCGUGGUGGCUGCUGCAAAUCCCAUAUAUGGAACCUAUGACCGCUCAAUAACGCCUACUAAGAACAUAGGGCUUCCGGACUCUUUGCUUUCUCGGUUCGACUUGCUUUUCAUAGUUCUUGAUCAAAUGGACGCUGAUAUCGACCGCCAAAUCUCGGAUCAUGUCCUGAGAAUGCACCGGUAUCGUUCAGCAAUCGACGCAGGUGAGGCAGCAGUUGAUGAUGCAAGUGCAAGAUACGCAAGAGAGGAGGAUGCUGAGACCGACACAUCUGUAUUUGUCAAGUAUAACCGAAUGCUUCAUGGGAAGAAAACAGACAGAAGUCGCAAAAGGGAUACACUUUCGAUAAAUUUUCUGAAGAAGUAUAUUCACUAUGCUAAGCAUAGGUUCCAGCCUGAGCUGACAGACGAGGCAUCGGAGCAAAUUGCAACUGCCUAUGCGGAGCUGAGAAAUUCUGGGACAACCACAAAGACGGGAGGAACACUUCCAAUCACUGCUAGAACGUUAGAAACCAUAAUACGUCUAUCAGCUGCCCAUGCAAAGUUGAAACUGAGUAGACAGGUUACAAAGUCUGACGUUGAAGCUGCUCUGAAAGUUCUAAACUUUGCCAUAUAUCAUAAAGAAUUAACUGACAUGGAAGAGCGUGAAGAAGAAAGGGAGAGGGAAGCCGAGAGAGAAAACAGAGCUCAACGUCGCCGUACCAAUCGGAACACAGCAGGAGAUGAUAAUCAGGCUACUACUAAUGCCGACGGAGACAGGCCUGAGGUAGACCCCAUGGAUGUAGAUGAUCCUGCUGCAGAGCAGCCCACUACAGGAAUAUCUACGGAAAGGACUGAAGCAUUCAACACUGCGUUUCUUCAGUGUAUGCGGUACCAGCAGAGCAUAACCAUAGAUGAUCUGGAGAAGGCUGUUAACACAGGAGCUGCUAAUUACUCCAGACCAGAUAUAAUGACAUUGUUACAGAAACUGCAAGAUGAUAACAGAGUGAUGAUCGCAGACGAUGGGAAAGUUCAUUUGGUUUGAUGUUUGCUCCCGUCAACUCUUAGCGUUUCCUUGUUGAAGCAACGCCAAUGGCUUGUCAAACUCGUGGAUGAAUGAAUGUGAGACCGGUUAUGUGUUUAUAGUGCAUGUUUGUCAUUUGAUUCCCCUAUUCCUCAGCUCUUUCAUCUGUAAGUUGUAAACCUUAGCAGUAGAAGUUCAAUAACGACUUUUGUGCCUUGUUGUGAAGAAGCCAGAAUUUAGAGAGGCUAAAAUUCAUUUAAUGUUAGUAAUUUUUUUUAAAUAUAUUUUUACAGUUAAAUCGACAUGGUGUAAAUUGUAAUGAUUGCGCUAGAUAGAUACAGCUUGAUAAACCGCAACGUAGCAGCGCAGAGAAAUUGAACUUCAAAGCCCCAACGGCUAUCUGCACUUUACCUUUUGUUUCUCGACUGAAGAAGACAACUUGAUGUGCUGCAUUUUGUUCUUCUCCAACUUCCUUUGGCGCUACGCACCGUUUCCUUGCAACGCUGUCGUUCCACUUUGCCGUUUCCCCGAGAUGCUGUCGUUCCACUUUCUACUGCAACGUUGUUUGCUUUUAGUUCAAGUCAGAGUUUGUUUCUAUUUCAAGAAAACUACAAACAUGUA